AAAUCUGCUUUUCUUCUUAGCUCUGUGUGUAAAGCGUAUGCUUCUGUGAGACAGUGUGGGGAGAGAGGGAGGAAUCGCUAGAAUAAUCCAGGUUUGUGUUUUUGGGCGCACCAGGAAGGAGCGGGCGAAAUUGCAACGAGUGUUUCUGUGUUGGGCUUUUCUAUUGUGGCUACCACUCUGCCUGGAUUUUGCUCUUCGCUGGGCAGAGCGAAGCACCAGCAGCGACUGUUCACCAGGAAAUAAAGUCACAAACAAACAGCAUGAUCCCCGAAGCGGCCGCAACUUCGCUUUUUUGGUGACAAUUUACUGCAUUGAUUCAAACUGCUGCAGAGCGAAGGCCAGGUGUCGGAAACUCGAAGUGACGAUUGUGAGGUGAGAAGGAAACACGGCAUCCCACUACAAAAUGAUGGCCUGCAUUACAGUCACUGAUGUGGACACCGGGCCAAGCCCACCCCAAAACGGAGACCUACAUCAGAGCCCACAGGCACCAAAGCAGACUGGAACAGGGCUGAAGGUUAACCUUUAUCCUAUCCCUGGCAAACCCGAGAACAACUGCUUAACCUUUCCACCGGGUGAAUAUGUUGCAGAAGAGAUCUGUGUGGCUGCUGCCAAAGCCUGUGGAAUUCCCCCAGUGUACAACACCCUGUUUGCCCUGAUGAAUGAGAAAGACCGGUCAUGGUAUCCUCCAAACCACAUCUUCCACAUUGAUGAAUCAACAGAUGAAUGCACCAUCUAUCGGCUAAGAUUCUACUUUCCACACUGGUAUAGUCCUGGACACAGCAGAGCAUAUCGUUAUGGUGUUACCAAGGGUGCAGAGAGCCCUUUCAUCGAUGAUACUAUAAUGAUGUAUCUUUUUGCUCAGUGGCGUGAUGAUUUUGUUAACGGAUGGGUCAAGAUCCCAGCAACACAUGAAAUGCAAGAGGAAUGUCUCGGUAUGGCAGUGCUUGAUAUGAUGAGGAUGGCAAAGGAUAAGGACCAAUCCCCUUUGGACAUUUAUUCUUAUAAAUCAUUGUUGCCGGAAAAUGUUCGCCUACAAAUCCAGAAUUACCAUUUUGUGACAAGGAAGCGGAUCCGAUAUAGAUACAGGUUCAUCCGUCAGUUCAGCCAAUGCAAUGCAAGCGCACGAGAUUUGAAGCUGAAAUACCUCAUUAAUAUGGAAAAUUUGCAGCCUGCUUAUUGCUCUGAGUAUUUUGAAGUGAAAGAACCUGUGUGCGGCCCUUCAGGAGAAGAUAUAUAUACAACCAUCAUUGUAACUGGAAAUGGCGGCAUUCAGUGGAUGAAGGGGAAGUAUAAAGACAAUGAAUCUCAGUCUGAUCAGGAUCUGCAAUCUUAUUGUGAUUUCCCUGAAAUCAUCAACGUCAGCAUCAAGGAAGCAAGCAAAGAUGGCUCUUCUGAGGGCAGAAUUGUCACCAUAAACAAACAGGACAGCAAGACUUUGGAAGUUGAAUUUCCAUCACUGAAGGAAGGCUUUUCAUUUGUGUCACUAAUUGAUGGAUACUACAGAUUAACUGCAGAUGCCCACCACUAUCUCUGUAAAGAGGUUGCGCCACCAAGCUUGUUGGAAAACAUUCAGAGCAAUUGUCACGGGCCCAUCUCAUUGGAUUUUGCUGUGAAUAAACUCAAGAAGGCUGGGAAUCAGAAAGGCUUUUACAUUCUUCGAUGUAGUCCUAAAGAGUUCAAUAAGUACUUUCUCACUGUAGCUGUGGAGAAGGACAAUGUGACUGAAUGGAGGCAUUGUUUAAUUACCAAGAAUGAGAAUAAUGAGUACAAUCUGAAUGGGGCUAAGAAGAGCUUCAGCAGUCUCAAAGAUUUGCUGAACUGCUACAAAAAGGAGACCGUUCGAUCGGAUGGUGUUAUCUUCCAGUUUACCAAGUGCUGUCCACCAAAACCAAAAGAUAAAUCUAAUCUUCUGGUCAUGCGAAGCAACUGUGCUUCUGAUGUGCCAACAUCUCCAACGUUACAGAGACAUAACGUCAGCCAAAUGGUAUUUCACAAGAUCAGAAAAGAGGAUCUGAUAUUUCGUGAAAGCCUUGGACAAGGGACAUUCACCAAAAUUUUCAAAGGAGUGAGGGAAGAAUUGGGAGACUAUGGCCAGAUACACAAGACAGAAGUUCUCCUAAAGGUUCUAGAAAAAGCACACAGAAAUUACUCUGAGGUUUUCCUUUUUGAGGCAGCAAGCAUGAUGAGCCAACUGUCCUACAAGCACUUGGUGUUGAACUAUGGAGUCUGUGUGUGCGGUGAGGAAAAUAUCAUGGUUCAGGAGUAUGUGAAGUUUGGUUCACUAGACACAUACUUGAAGAGAAAUAAAAACAACGUGAACAUCCUGUGGAAGCUGGAUGUAGCCAAGCAGUUAGCUUGGGCAGUGCAUUACUUGGAAGACAGAAAUCUUGUCCAUGGAAAUGUCUGUGCAAAGAAUGUUCUGAUGAUCAGAGAAGAGGACAGAAAAACUGGAAAUCCACCGUUCAUAAAGCUAGCUGAUCCGGGAGUGGGUAUAACAGUUCUGUCAAAAGAUGUUCUAGUUGAACGCAUUCCUUGGGUGCCACCAGAAUGCAUUCAGGAUUCCAAGAAUUUGAGCCUGGCAACAGACAAAUGGAGCUUUGGUGCCACUUUAUGGGAAAUUUGCAGUGGAGGAGAUAAACCACUUGGUCUAUUUGACAGCACAAGGAAAUUGCAAUUUUAUGAAGAUAAACAUCAGCUUCCUGCUCCAAUGUUGGAACUGGCGAAUCUCAUCAAUCACUGCAUGAAUUAUGAACCAGACUUCAGGCCUUCAUUCCGUGCCAUAAUACGUGACCCUCAAUAGCUUAUUGGAAAUCCUCUCUUCUUUCCCACAGAUUAUGAAUUAUUGGUUGAAAGUGACCUUCUGCCAAAUAUGAGAGGAGGUGGCCUUGGAUUCCUUGCUUCCUGUGGAAAUCAUGAUCCUGCACAGUUUGAAGAAAGGCAUCUCAUAUUCCUACAGCAGUUGGGCAAGGGCAACUUUGGUAGUGUUGAGCUCUGCCGAUAUGACCCACUGCAGGACAACACAGGUGAUGUGGUAGCAGUGAAGAAACUACAACAGAGCACUGCAGAACACAUUCGUGACUUUGAAAGAGAAAUCGAAAUCCUCAAAUCACUUCAACAUGAGAACAUUGUCAAGUACAAAGGGGUGUGCUACAGCGCAGGACGGAGAAACCUGAGAUUGAUUAUGGAGUACUUGCCUCAUGGAAGUCUACGUGACUACUUACAGAAAAAUAAAGAUCGGAUUGAUCGCAAGAAGCUACUUGCUUACGCUUCUCAGAUCUGCAAGGGAAUGGAAUAUCUUGGAACCAAGCGAUACAUACAUCGAGAUCUGGCAACACGAAACAUUCUUGUAGAGAAUGAGAACAGAGUGAAAAUUGGUGACUUUGGUUUGACCAAGGUUUUACCACAAGACAAAGAGUAUUACAAGGUGAAGGAACCAGGGGAAAGUCCAAUCUUUUGGUAUGCUCUGGAGUCUCUGAUGGAGAAUAAGUUCUCUGUGUCUUCAGACGUGUGGAGUUUUGGGGUGGUGUUGUAUGAGCUCUACACAUACAGUGAGAAGACAAAAAGUCCACCGUCGGAAUUCAUGCGUAUGAUCGGCAGUGACAAGCAAGGACAGAUGAUUGUUUUCCAUUUGAUUGAGCUACUUAAAGCGGGUAGAAGGCUGCCCAAACCAGAAGAGUGUUCUGACAUGAUGUAUUCUACCAUGAUGGAUUGCUGGGAGAGUGGACCAAGUCAGCGCCCUACUUUUAAGGAACUUGCUCAAAAAGUGGAUUCAAUGAGGGAUUCUGUGGGAGGAUGAAUGUUCAGAGAUUUCAACUGAGUACUCUUUUGUCAAAACGCAACUGCUGCUUAUCCAAUCUGUAGCUGAAACCAUUCACUUUUGGACCAUAUUCCAAGUUGAGGAGACUCAUCCCUUCAUGUCCUGCUUGACUGGAUCACUAUGGACUUCUUAUGCACCCCCUGGAGAAUGGCAGCCCUUCCACUGUGAAGUUACAGUUAAUCAGGGCAACCAGCUGAUGAAUUCCAAAAAAGUAAUUGAGUGGGCGUUGUAACUGUGCUGUGACCUGUCCACUUCAGCUGCUUAUAGUAGCAGGGUUACCUUUACAGAGAUUUCACUUCUUAAUGGUGAUAAUAGGAGCUUUCCCUUACAAUGAACACCAAAUUGCUUUGUGUUGAAUGUAAAACUGUACUGUCUGUGCCAUUUGCACAAGAAAAAGAAGUUCUAAUUUUGUAUUUUCCAUUUGUAAUCUGAAACUGCUCUAAACUUCAAUUCCUUCAAAGAGUAGAAAAUAAUUCCACCAUACUACAUUGCAAUCUCAUUUACACUUACCAUAGGUUAGAACAUAAAGAAGUAUUGACAGGAAUGGAAAUGAGUGCCAUGGUGUAAAUAUCUUGAAACUAAAUUAGCUCUAUUAGCGUUGAAAGAAAAACAAGAUGAUCCGAAACUGAAAUGUUUCUUAAGUCAGCAAUGCUGUGAAUGCGAAUACAAAGGUGCAUUAAACAGUAUCUGGGAAUGAAUGUAUAACUGCAGAAUAAUGUGCAUGUCAGACAUGGGAUAACUUGAAGAUUAUCCAAUAGUGAAAAAUUUGGAAAUUACCUUUAUGUAUAAUGCAAAAUAACCUACAGUUGCAAAGAAAAAACUAUUUACUACAUCAGGUAUGAUCUAAGAUGCACAGCAAUGCAUAAGUAGUACCAGCCUGAUUAGUCUUGUGUAUUAUACUGCAACUAUGUUUAUAUUUUUUUAACACUUGGAUCGAUAAUGGUGUAUACAGUCUGCUUAGGUAACUGUACGGAGAAAAGCUCAGGGACUUUUGUUUUACAUGUAGAGAAUGCAGAGUUCAUUAUUUAGUCCAUAUCAGUUAAUUUGCAUGUAUUACUUAACAUACAUUAAUCAGUUAGGAGCAAAGGCCAAGUCACUUUUGUACUCAACCUGUCAACCUUACGGCACCACCAUCUUUUCAGGGGCAACCAGAGAGGAGAAGAAAAAACAGCCUUGCCAAUGACGCAUAUGCCCUGAAAAUAUUUCUUAUCAAACUAUGCAAUCUCCCAUACACCCUGACUCCUAGCAAGGAAAUCAUUCUUCAGUGCAUCAUGUAAAUAUAAAAGGACCAGACUUGUUUUUCAGUUUGACUACUAUAAAGUAAAGAUUCCAUACGGGAUUAAUAAGUGCUUAAAAAGCUUGUCUUUGCAAAAUAAUAUAUAGCUACGUUUGUAAAUAUGGAGGAGGGAAAUUUUGGUCAUGCAGUGUGACUGUGCUGUGCUUGAUGAACUGCAAAUUAGCUUGAACUCUGGGUUCUGAUUCCUGACCAGCAUUGGAUGUCAUUGCAUUCACAACGCUGUAUCUCAUGGACAGCAUGUUUCAGAAGGUGGUCUGUCCUCAGCUCAAGAGAGUGCAGGAGAAAAGGGACUGGGCAACUGCCAGACAAACAAAAAAGAGCAGGCAGGUGGGUCAGGAGAUCCCUGAGGGCACCUCACUAUCUAAACAAUAUUCACCAGAGUUUAGAAGAGUGAGAGGAGAUCUCAUUGAAAUGUACAAAAUACUGACAAGGCUAGAUAGAUUGGAUGCAGGGAGGUUUUUAACCCCUGGUUGAGGCAUCCAGAAUGAGGGGGUCACAGUGUCAGGAUACUGGGUAAGAUAUUUAGGACUGAGAUGAAGAGAGACGGUGCAAGAGGGAAGGCUUCAGAUACUUGAGAUCUGCGUAGUUCAGAGAGUUUGCACCUCAGCAGGGCUGAGACUAAUAUCUUCACGGACAGGUUUGGAAGUGCAGUUGGAAAGGGCUUAAAUGGGCUUGGCAGGAAGAUGGAAAUAUGAGCAAAGAUUCAGAUAAAGGAAUGCAGAGCUGGAUAUGUAUCAGCUGAAGGCAUUGAAAGAUACUAUUAGAGAACUGCUAUGUAGCUAUUAGAGAAACAUGGUUUAAGGACAGGAAUGGCAAGUUAGCAAUCCUUAUUUACAGGAUUUCCUCAUGAGAUAGACAGGAUGAAGGAGGGUGAGUGAUAAUAAUGAUCAAAGAAGAGCAAUGAAAAAGGAUGUUAUGUUAGAAGUGUCAACACAUGAGGCUAUGUAGGUUGAAUUAAAGAACAAAAAAAGAGUAAUCCCAAUUGUUCCUCCAAACAAUCCAAGGAAAUUGAAGAUCAAGCUUGAGAGCAAAUGCUUAAUGUGCCAAUUCUUUUGGUCAGCAAUAGUGGGGGAUUUCCGUUACUCUGAUUCAGGGAUACAGUACAAAACUAACUGAGGGCACAGAUAGCAUUCAGAAGUUUUUUUUAGCCGGUAUGUCACAAACUGAACAACAGGCAGAGGCAGGGUGGUGAAAUGGUUGUAAUUCCUGAUCUAGGGAAUGAUGCAGAGCAUGUGGAAUAAAUAUUAAUGAGGAUGUAUUUUUUGUGCUAGUGAUCAUAAUCCAGAUAGAUUUAGCAGAUGAAUGGAACAAGUCAACAACAAAAUCAGAGUGAAGGUUCUUAAUAGAAUAGAGCCAAUUUUGUCAGGCUUGACAAGUCCAGAGUGGAUUGGAAACAGCUGCUUGAAGAUAAACUAGCGCCAGAUCAAUGAGAAACAUGUGAGAAAUUGAGUCAAGAGAUUCAAACUAAAAAUGCUCCUUCAAAGAGAAAGGGUGUGACUGCCAAAUUUAGAGCCUACUAGGUGCCAAGGUACAGAUAAAAAGAGAAACUGUUAUCAGACACUGAGGGUGCAAUAUAGAAAAAUGCCUGGAAGAGUAAAGAAGUGUAGAAGUGAAACUAUAAGGGAAAUUGGAAAAGGAGGGGGUAUGGAAAAACACUGGCAAGUAAAAUCAAAGAAAAUCCAAAAACAUGUUGUAAGCAUAUAAACAGUAUGAGGAAAUGGUGUAUACCCAGUUGCAAGUACAGAGGUUAAGGAAAGAAUAAAUAGGUUACCUUUUGGAUCCCAAAUAGUCCCAACAUAUGGAAGUGGAGGAUAUGAGUUGAGCUCUUAAUGAAUACCUUGUAACUGUCAUCACAAAAGAGGGAUGCAAUCCUGUUGUAGCUAAGAAGGAAUAAGUGUGAAAUAUUUAAUGGGUUAAGUAUAGUAAAAGAGGGAGUAUUAAGGAGUUCAGCAUUUUUGAGAGCAGAUAAAUCGCUACACCCAGAUAAAAGAUAUUCAGGCUGUUAAAAGAAGCAAGGAAGUAAACUACCCAGGCUUCUGACCACAAUUUUUCAAUUGACACUGGCUAUAGGAGUGGUGUCAGGGAAUUGGAGGACUACUUAAGCGUGUUUAAAAAUGGAAGGAGAGAUAACUAAAUACAGGCCAGUUAGUUUAAUUUCAAUGCUGGGCCAAUUGUUGGAAUUCAUUCUAAUAGACAAAAUAAAACCUACAUUCAGAAGGCAGUUUAAUCAGAUUAGUCACAAUGGAUUGGUUAAGGGAAGGUCAUAUCCCAUAAUUGGAUUGAACAAAUAAAAUCAAUAAGGGUCAGUGGGUUUGGUGUAAUCCACCUGGAAUGUAGCAAGGCUUUUAACAAGGUCCCUCAUCUGGUAGGUAGGUCAAACUGGAUUCAAAAUUGGCUCAGUAGCAGAAUGCAAAGGAUAACAGUUAAAUAUUGCUUUAGUAACUGGGAGUCUGUUCCUAGUUGGCUUCCACAGGGCUUAGUCCCUUGCAUUUUAUAUACAAAUGAUUCAGACUGAAGUGUUAGGGCAUGAAAAAAAUGUUUGCAAAUGAUACAAAAUUGGCCAUUUUGUUGACAUUGAUGAGGAUAGCUUAGACUGCAGAAAGAUCGUAGAUGAUCACUUUUUGGCAGAAAAGUGGGAAAAAGAAUUUAAUGUGUGGUAAUGCAUUUGGUGUUGCUGAGGGCAGAAUGAAUGCACAAUAAAGGAGAGGUGUGAAGAAACAGUGGGACCUUAGAGUUUAUGUCCACAAACCUUUAAAGGUAAUAGGUUAAAAAGACAUUGGUUGUUUUUCUUUAUAAAUUGAGACAUGGCAUACAAGAGUGGGGAAAUUAUGCAGGAAUUGGGUGGUACAGUACGCAACUAGUAGAGCUGGUGCCUCACAGCUCCAGUGACCCAGGUUCAAUCUUGACCUCUGGUGCUGUCUGUCGAGUUUACGCAUUCUCCGUGACCUGCGUGAGUUUACUUUGGGGUGCUCAGUGAUGUGCUGGUUGGUAGGUUAAUUGACUGCUAUAAAGGCUUCCAGUGUGUAGGUGAGUAUAGAAUCCAGGAGGAGUUUAUGAAAUACACAGGAUUUGUAUAGGAUUAAUGUAAAAGGUGGGCUAAAUGGCUAUUGAGUCUUUGGACUGUACUGUUGGUUAGUACCAUAGUUUGAGUGCUGCAUAUGAGUUUGGUCAAUAUUUUAUGGAAAGGAUGUGAUUGCAAUAAGAGCAGAGGAGAUUUACGAUGAUAUUGCCAGAAACUCAAAAUUAGAGUUAUGAGGAUAGAUCAAACCGUUUCCUUCUUCGGAUCAGGGGAGCUGAGGGAAGACAGGUGACUAAAACUAUGAAGGACUUGGGGACAGUAAACUGGAAGAACCUAUUUCCUUAGCAGUGGAUCAAGAACCAUGGAGCGUAGAAUUAAUUGGAAUUCAUUGCUUGAAAGAGUGGGAGAGGCAGAAACCUUCAUCACAUUUAAACAGUAUCUGGAUGUGUCCUUGAAGAGCUGUGAACUGCAGUAACAUGCACCCAGUGCUGGAAGAUGGGAUUAGACUGGGAGCUCUUCUUCAAUUGGCAUGAUGGCUGAAUGGCCUCUUCGUUAAUAUAAUUUUUCUGUGAUCCUAUCUGUUAUCCAAUAAUUCUGUGCACAGAGUUAAUACUAUCUGAAAAUCAAGCCAUUGAGGACAUAGUGUAUUCUGUGCACAAAACUAUUCAGAAUACCCCUGUUUCAUUGGCUAAGUGGGCCUUGUUAUUGAUUAGGGAUUUACAACUAAUAAAAAUAAAAUAGCAA